UGAAAAAAAAAAAUUUGCGAUAAAACAUAUUUAUCAUCGAUCGUGUUAAAAAAACAUAUUUAUCAUCGAUCAUUCUCUCCCCAAAAUCACAAAACCGCUUCAAAAGUUAUUUCUUUCAUUGAUUCGUUUGUAAAUUGCAACUGUAAUCGUAAUAGAAAGAUUAAUUAGGGCUUUUUUAACCUCGAUUGGCCAUCGAUUUGUCUCGCAUUUUACCAGGUCAAUAUAAUUAGCCUGAGAGAUGGGUAAGAUAACGCUUGGAUCUCACACGGUAAAGAGCCAUGGAUGGAAAGUGGCUCGAGAACAUCUAAUGGACUGGAUCAUCCUCGUCCUCCUCGGUAUCGUCAUCAUUGUUCUCAACAUUAUGGAGCCUUUUCGUCGCUACAUCGGGCCAGACAUGUUGACCGAUCUAACUUUCCCAUUGUAUAAAGACACCAUCCCUAUCUGGGCUGUCCCGAUUAUUUGUAUAUUGGUUCCGAUAUGCAUCUUCACAGUGUACUAUUACUUUGGGAGAGAUGUUUAUGAUCUUCAUCACGCCAUUCUCGGUAUCGGAUUCUCAUGUCUUGUGAAUGGAGUCAUCACUGAUUCCAUCAAAAACGCGGUCGGUAGGCCACGACCUAACUUCUUCUACCGAUGUUUUCCCGACGGUAAACCGAAAUUUGAUCCGGAUACUAAAGAUGUUGUGUGCCAUGGAAUAAAAAAGAUCAUCAAAGAAGGUUACAAGAGUUUUCCAAGCGGUCACACUUCAUGGUCAUUCGCCGGUUUAACUUUCCUUGCAUGGUACUUAUCGGGGAAGAUCAAAGUUUUUGACAGAAGAGGACACGUGGCAAAGCUAUGCCUCGUGUUCUUACCAAUAUUCAUCGCAAUUCUCAUCGGAAUAUCACGUGUAGACGACUAUUGGCACCACUGGACCGACGUCUUCGCCGGGGCCAUCAUCGGAAUAUCUGUGGCUUCUUUCUCUUACCUCCACUUUUUUCCUUACCCAUAUGACAACAAUGGAUGGGCACCACAUGCGUAUUUUAGAAUGUUGGCCGAGAGGAGUGGUCGAGACACAACGAUGACUCGGAGCGGUUCUCGAGAGAUCUUGGACAACGACGUCGAGCUUGGCUCUACCUCCAUACCACACCAUCGUAAUCGAGGAAGCACUGAUUCUGAAUGAUAAAAUUAUUCCCUGUCACAUUUUAAUAUAUUUAUGUGUGUAAUUUAUAACUACGUGAUUAUAUAUGUUUGACUUA